AUGGCUCCUACAGAUAGCGUACAAGCGCUCGUGCUCCACGGUGCGAAAGAUUUGAGGUUGGAAACCAGACCACAGCCUCCUCUUCGCCCAGGGGAAGUCCAAAUAGCAGUCAAAGCCACUGGGCUUUGCGGCUCUGACUUACAUUAUUAUCAUCAUGGUCGAAAUGGCAACUUUGUCAUUCAAGCACCUCUGGUUCUAGGCCACGAAGCAUCGGGAAUUAUCACAGCGGUUCCAGAGGCGCCAAACGGAGUCACCGCCGGAACAGUCCCUUCGUCAAGUCUCCAGGUUGGGGACCGAGUAGCCAUGGAAGUAGGAUUCCCUUGUCGAUCAUGCUCUCUGUGUACCAGUGGUCGAUACAACCUAUGUUCCAAAAUGUCGUUUAGAUCAUCAGCCAAAACCUUCCCUCACGCUGACGGGACUUUGCAAACCGUAAUAUCACAACCAGCCAGCAUGUGUUACAAACUGCCAGAAAAUGUCACUUUUGAACAGGGUGCCCUCGUCGAGCCUUUGGCCGUCUCCCUGCAUGGCAUUAACCGAAGCCAAACGGCGGGUUCCGGGUGCGGAGUCCCUCUGACCGGUUCAACCGCCUUGGUUUUGGGGGCUGGUGCCGUUGGAAUAUUGACUGCUGCCUCUCUGUCGGUGGCUGGAGUGUCCGAGAUUGUCAUUGCCGAUAUCGAUGCUCCGAGAUUGAAGAUUGCGGCAGACCUCGGCGGUGCAAAAUACAAACUGAAAACAUACCUUCUGCCCCGAAGAGCACCGGCUCCGACCAUCGACGAGACGUUGGCUGGCACCCAGGAACUCGCUGCAGAAGUGUGCAAAUCUGCCGGCUUGGAAUCUGGGUUUGAUCGAGUGUUCGAGUGCACCGGUGUACAGUCUUGCGUCCAGUUAGGCAUCUUUGCAGCGACAGCAGGAGGUAAGUUGGUCCUGGUUGGAAUGGGAACACCGACGCAAACUUUGCCAUUGGGAGCUGCGGCACUUCGGGAAGUGGAUAUCAUUGGUGUUUUCCGAUAUGCGAACUGUUAUCCUGCCGCCAUCGCGCUGUUUGCUAGUGGCAAGUUGGACGGGGUCGCGGAGGAUCUCGUCACUCAUCGGGUUGCUCUCGUAGAUGGGGAGAAGGCAUUCAGAUUGGCUGCCAAUCAAGCCAGAGAGGGAGAAGACGAGGGGAGAGUACCUGUGAAGGUGGUCGUCACAUCGUGA